CCUUCCCUCCCUCCCCGCCCGCUGCUGCAGCCUGGAGGCGACGGCGCACCUGCAUGGCUCCCGCUUGACCCAGCAUGGCUUCUCGCGGGCCCCCGCGACGACGAAAGCCGAAGCCGCCGGCCGGUGACCCCGCUAGGCGAGGAGGCGAGACGCGGAUGGAAAAGCGGCUGGGGAUGACUUCAUCGCUGGGAAGAGCGGCGGCGGCGGCGGCAGGGGAGGUUUCCGCGCCGUAAUAAACUCCUGCCUAACUUGGUUUUCAGGCUCCCGAGGCAAGAAGUCCGACGGACGAGGCGGGCGCUGCCAACUUGUCGCCACAGCGGCUGCGGCAGACAUUUCAUUGAUUCAGAAUGACGCCGUGGAUGAUACCAUUACUGCUAACCUGCAUUAUUUGCACCAGCCUGACAAGAGCAGAAUUUUUCACUUCUAUAGGCCAGAUGACAGACCUCAUUUUUGCAGAAAAAGAUCUGGUACAGUCAUUAAAGGCAUAUAUUCAAGAAGAAGAAUCUAAGCUUGCUAAAAUCAAGAGUUGGGCUGAGAAGAUGGAAUCGCUAACUGUUAAAUCGACUUCGGAUCCAGAAGGUUAUCUUGCCCACCCAGUCAAUGCAUAUAAACUGGUGAAGCGUCUCAACACAGAAUGGCUGCAGCUGGAGAAUCUGGUUCUUGAGGACGCAACCAAAGGUUUUAUUGCAAAUCUCACAAUUCAUCGCCAGUUCUUCCCAAAUGAAGAAGAUGAGACGGGAGCUGCCAAGGCAUUAAUGCGUUUGCAGGACACCUACAAGCUUGACCCAGAAACAAUAUCAAAAGGAGCAUUUCCAGGAACAAAGUACAGAUCAGUCCUGACAGUGGACGACUGCUUUAGCAUGGGCAAAACAGCAUAUAAUGAAGUGGAUUAUUACCACACUGUGCUCUGGAUGCAGCAGGCGUUGAAAAAGCACGAUGAUGGUGAAGAGGCAGCCAUCACGAAGGCGGAGAUCCUGGAUUAUCUCAGCUAUGCCGUCUUCCAGCUUGGUGACAUACAAAGGGCUAUGGAGCUCACGAGGCGGUUGGUGUCUCUCGAUCCCAGUCACGAGAGGGCAGGCAGCAACAUGCGGUACUUUGAGAGGCUGCUGGAAAAAGAAAAAGAAGCCAAGACAAUCAAUGAGAGCUCAGAUACGAUAGAGCCAACAACGCAUGGUGGGAUAUAUGAAAGGCCCCAGGACUACCUGCCAGAGCGUGAAAUCUAUGAGGCUCUUUGCAGAGGAGAAGGUGUGAAAAUGACACCUCGAAGACAGAAGAGGUUGUUCUGUAGGUACCACAAUGGGAACCAAAAUCCCCACCUCCUUAUAGCACCUUUUAAAGAAGAAGAUGAAUGGGACAGCCCUCACAUUGUCAGGUACUAUGAUGUGUUAUCUGAUGAAGAAAUAGAGAAGAUUAAGGAGCUGGCUAAACCAAAAUUGGCAAGAGCUACUGUACGGGACCCCAAGACGGGCGUAUUAACUGUGGCAAACUACCGGGUGUCUAAAAGUUCAUGGCUGGAGGAAAACGAUGAUCUUGUUGUUGCCAAAGUGAAUCAUCGAAUGGAGCAGAUCACAGGAUUAACAGUGAAAACAGCUGAAUUAUUGCAGGUUGCUAAUUACGGCAUGGGAGGACAGUAUGAACCACACUUUGACUUCUCACGGAAAGAGGAACCUGAUGUUUUCAAGCAUUUAGGGACUGGGAAUCGUGUGGCCACUUUUUUAAGCUAUAUGAGUGAUGUAGAAGCUGGAGGUGCCACAGUUUUCCCAGACUUUGGAGCAGCAAUUUGGCCCAAGAAGGGGACUGCGGUAUUUUGGUAUAACCUCUUCAGAAGUGGAGAAGGUGAUUACCGGACACGGCAUGCAGCAUGUCCGGUGUUAGUAGGGUGCAAGUGGGUAUCAAACAAGUGGUUUCACGAAAGAGGAAAUGAGUUCUUAAGGCCAUGUGGGACAACAGAAGUCGACUGAAACCAUCCCGGGCAUUAGUCAGCUGGCUUCCCCAUCUCACCACAACUUUGUGCAUCGUCCAGUUCAUUUCUAAGAAAUGACUCCUACUCUACUAUGAAACACAAUGAUGGCACUAUUUAUUUAAAUAAAUAAAGGCAGUGGCUAUCGAUGGAA